AUGUUGAAGUCCUCGCUAUCAAAGAGUGAGUCUAACUAUAUCCGGUUGGCGAAGCUCGUGGCUCGGGUAGGCUCGGACCUGCUCCGCCUCGUGUUCUUCAACUACAUGGAGCAGCAGCAGCCGCCCAAGCGUCUCUACCAGUUCCUGGCGGUCAACAAGCGUCGCCUCCUCAGUUUCUCCACACAGUUCAAGUUAAUUCCAAGAAGAUGGGAGGUGUUGUAUCCCGGCGACGACGAGACCAAGGCAAACCUGGAGAAGCUAGACUCCGCUGUGCUAUUCUGGUUCCUGAGAUACAUCUGUCAUCUCAGGCGCCCCAAUGAUUUUAUCUGGAAGAGAAAGCCUUCUUCUGAUGACGUCACGGAGACCGGUGACAUUGCCCGAAUACGCGAUAUGCGCAAUUUCUUGAUCAACCUGUCGUCACCGGCACUAUACGACGACGAGUACGACCGGAAGGUGACAGAAUUUCGUCAGAUGACGCUGCGUCUGUGUAGCGAGCGCCAAAGCGAGGAGUUACUCCGGAUCAUAGACGAGAUGAAAGUGGGAAAUGUGAGACUGAGCGAGAGAGACCAGUAUCUAGAAGUACUCAACCAGUGGGCAGACGAAACUGGGGACAGAACUAUAGCUCCGGCAAAACAGGCUGGUGAAAACAUUCGAGAGCGUAAAGAGAUGACGACGCGCUUCUUGCGGAGACACAGAAACCCAAAGGUCUUCGUGCCGACGCGGAUAUUCCAAAAGGCACAGGAGAGACUGAUGAAACAUGGCUGCGUUAUACUUAAAGGUAAAGCGGAAAAGCACUGA